ACCAAUUCUGAUUGACCUAAAGUCUAGUUCGUUGCCGAACAUGUUGAAUACUACAAGUGCCCACAAACUGUCAGAACCUCCUCAACCAUGGUGUUACAAUUGUGCCGACGAGUCCGAAGCCAAGAAAAAAUCAUGCAACUAUUACAGAACGAAGCUACUGAGGAAACCAUGUUCAAAUUGUGUAAAGAGUAAGUGGAACCAUUGUAUGGACACACCACAAGUUUUUGAGCAACGUACCAGAUCAAAGGCCAUAGAGCAGUCCAUAGCCGCUGGACUUAUGUCAAAAUCACCACCGAAGAAAGUACAGCCAUCGCCAGAGCACUCACCGUCGAAAGUUUUCAAGAAGAAGUCGAAGCCGAAGUUGAAGUCUUCAACGCCUCCGAAGUUCCCAAACCUCCUUGGCGCAUCAGGUCGAGAACACAGCAGAUCUCCGACUUCCCCAUUGAGUUUCGUUCGAGACACAGCAACUCAUACAUCCCCCCGAGCUCACGAGCAGGCUGGAUCCACCAGUGACUUGGAAGAUCUCCAUGGUCCAGAUACUAUCACUAUUUCCUGUCCAAGAUAUACUUCUCUACAAAAAGAAUCAACUCCUGCUAGACCUUCGUCGGUGAGAACAAGUCAAGAUUCUGGAUCGAUCUACAGUCCGACAUCGUCUCCAGAUUCACCGUCGGACGACCUACAACUCAAUGUCAAGAAUGACUUGCCACUUCGCAACAAGAACGAUUUACCACUCGACAAUGAAGAGGAGGACAACCCGACACUCAUCUACAAAGAUAACUGGCCUGAUGUCAGCCGUCAAGCCUUCUGUAGAUGGCUCAUAAUUUCGAAAUGGAAGCCGGAAGACUAUGAAUGCUAUUGGCCAGGACACUCCUCAGGAUUGGGUCUACUCAUGAAUCCAGAGACUCCAGUGGAGCAUAUGUUGCGGCACUUGGGUUAUUCUCAUACGGAACCUGGUCCCCUAACGCCUGCGCACAUUACCGGACAAGCUUGUAGAAGAUUCGAAGACGCUUUUGGCUCAGUGGAAUUGAUUUUCUGCCGUAUGCAGAUUCAACAACUUGUUACAGGAGAGUUCUGGAAAAAGGAAAGUGAGAGCAUUUGUUGCACGGAUAAGCAGGUACUCACGGAGACUCUAUUGGACAUACUUACGGAGGCGGCGAGUAGAAAAGCAUCGAGAUACUCAUCGUCAGGUCUUCCAGUAGCUGGACAUUGAGUGUCAAGCGGGUUGUAUUCCUGGAGUUGUUAAUUGGGUAAGAGUCAAGGUCAGAUGCUGCACACGCUUAGCGAACUCACUUUAAACUUGCU